AGAGAGACUGAGAGAGAGUAGAGAGAGAGAGAGAGAGAGAGAGGAUGGUUGUUUGCUGCGCUUCCACGAGUGAGACUCCACUGCUGGGAGGAGGAGAAACCGUAGAAGGUAUGGUGGAUUAUGAAGGUCGCAGGGUUAUCAGAUCCAAGAGCGGUGGUUGGAGAUCUGCAAUUUUUAUUAUAGGAGUGGAGAUGGCGGAGAGGGGUUCUUACUACGGGAUUAGCUCCAAUUUGAUUAGUUAUCUGACGGGGCCGCUCGGACAAUCGACGGCGACUGCCGCUGCAAACAUGAACGCAUGGUCGGGGGCGGUAUCCAUGCUUCCUAUGCUGGGAGGUUUUGUCGCUGAUGCUUAUCUCGGCCGCUUUCGGACCAUUCUCUUCGCUUCUCUCCUCUACAUUCUUGGACUAGGGUUGUUAACAACUUCAGUAAUUCAUCCUUCCCCCAGCUUGCCUCACUGCCAGAAUACAAGGAACCACAGCUCAUGCCCUCCUUCUCAAUUCCAAAUUUUCUUCUUCUUUGGCUCUCUGUAUCUUGUGGCCCUUGCCCAAGGAGGGCACAAGCCAUGUGUACAAGCUUUUGGUGCAGAUCAGUUUGAAGGAAGGAACCCAGAAGAGUGCAAAUCCAAAAGCUCAUUCUUCAAUUGGUGGGUAUUUGGGGUAUGCAGCAGUACCUUUAUAUCAGUUGUGGUCUUAAGUUACAUUCAAGACAAUUUGAAUUGGGAUCUUGGAUUUGGAAUUCCUUGCAUUUCCAUGGCAGCUGCACUUGUUGUUUUCUUACUUGGAAUGAAGACAUAUCGAUACAGUUCUGGAGAAGCUAAAAUCAAUCCAUUUUUGAGAAUAGCCCAAGUGUUUGUUGUUGCAGCAAGGAACUGGCACACCACUCCAACUGUGGAUGUUGCCAAAGAGGAAGAAGCAAGAGGAGUACUCUCUCAGCAUGGCAUAUACCAAUUCAAGUUUCUUGACAAAGCAUUGGCUACAGUUUCAGAUGAUCAAUAUGGUUCAGAUGAAAACUGGAAAAUCUGUAGCAGCAGUCAGGUGGAAGAAGCAAGGGUAGUCUUGAACUUGGUUCCUAUAUGGGCAACAUGUUUAAUGUUUGCAGUUGUAUCUGUACAAUGCUCUACUUUCUUCGUCAAGCAAGGAUACACCAUGGAUAGAUCAAUAAUGUCUGGUUUCGAAAUACCGCCUGCUUCACUCAUAUCUUCUAUCUCUCUUUCGGUUGUUGUCUUCAUUCCCAUCUAUGAUCGUGUUAUUGUUCCAAUUGCUAGAGCUUAUACUAAGAAGCCUUCUGGGAUAACAAUGCUUCAAAGAAUUGGAAUUGGAAUGUUUCUGUCUGUCAUCUCCAUGGUUGUAGCAGCAGUGGUUGAGAAGAAAAGACUUAAAGUUGCCAGAGAUUCUGGGCUGGUAGAUAUACCACAAGCAACUCUUCCAAUGAGAGUGUGGUGGCUAGUUCCUCAAUAUGUCUUGUUUGGCCUAGCUGAUGUAUUCACAUUGGUUGGUUUGCAAGAAUUUUUUUAUGAUCAAGUGCCAAAUGGGUUGAGAAGCAUGGGUCUGUCACUCUAUCUUAGCAUCUUCGGCAUGGGCAACUUCUUAAGCAGCUUCCUCAUCGCUGUCAUUGAGAAGGCAACCAGUAGGGGAGGCCAAGUGAGCUGGUUCGCAAAUAAUUUGAACCAGGCACAUCUAGAUUGGUUUUAUUUCCUUCUUGCUGGCCUCAGUGCAGUAGAGUUCGCUUUCUAUUUGUAUUUUGCCAAAUCAUACAUCUAUAACAAGGGAGGUGCCAUCUGAGUUUCAAAAUCCUAUUACAGAGUUAUUACUCACAUUUGUGUAUAUAUUAGAAUACUAUUUGUGC